GAGGAGCGGCUGAAGCUCCCGAUUCUCGCUGAGGAGCAGGUGAUCAUGGAGGCAGUGGCCGAGCACCCCAUUGUCAUCGUGUGUGGUGAGACUGGCAGCGGGAAGACCACACAAGAGGAGCGGCUGAAGCUCCCGAUUCUCGCUGAGGAGCAGGUGAUCAUGGAGGCAGUGGCCGAGCACCCCAUUGUCAUCGUGUGUGGUGAGACUGGCAGCGGGAAGACCACACAAGUGCCUCAGUUUCUCUACGAAGCAGGCUAUAGCAGUGAAGACGGCAUCAUCGGUGUCACAGAGCCCCGCCGGGUGGCCGCCGUGGCCAUGUCCCAGCGGGUGGCCAAGGAGAUGAAUCUGUCACAGCGGGUCGUCUCCUACCAGAUCCGGUACGAAGGGAACGUGACCGAGGAGACCAGAAUCAAGUUCAUGACGGAUGGCGUGUUGCUCAAAGAAAUCCAGAAGGACUUCCUGCUGUUGAAGUACAAGGUGGUGAUCAUCGACGAGGCCCACGAGAGGAGCGUGUACACGGACAUCCUCAUCGGCCUCCUGUCCCGCAUCGUGGCUCUCCGGGCAAAGAGGAACCGGCCGCUGAAGCUGCUCGUCAUGUCGGCCACACUGCGGGUGGAGGACUUCACCCAGAACCCACGACUCUUUGCUGUGCCGCCCCCGGUCAUCAAGGUGGAAUCCAGGCAGUUCCCAGUGACGGUGCAUUUCAACAAGCGGACACCGCUGGAAGACUACAGUGGCGAGUGCUUCCGGAAGGUCUGCAAGGUUCAUCGCAUGCUGCCUGCGGGUGGCAUCCUGGUGUUCCUGACGGGACAGGCAGAGGUGCACGCGCUGUGCCGCCGGCUCAGGAAGGCCUUCCCGCCCCCCAGAGCCCAGCCACCAGGCAGGGACGGUCAGAAGGACUCGGCCGAGGAGAUGCGGGAGUUCAAGAAGUCGAGGACGAGAGCCAGGAGAGCCAAGAAGGCGCAGGCAGAGGCACUGCCCCACAUCAACCUGGAUCAUUACUCGGUAUUGCCAGUGGGCGAGGGUGACGAGGACAGGGAAGCCGAAGUGGACGACGAAGAGGAUGCCCUGGGCUCCGACCUCGACCUGGACCUGGGGGACGACGGGGCGGAUGGAGGUGAGCAGCCAGACGCUUCCCUCCCGCUGCACGUGCUCCCGCUGUACUCCCUGCUGGCCCCAGAGAGGCAAGCACAGGUCUUCAAGCCUCCCCCGGAGGGGACCAGGCUAUGUGUCGUGGCCACCAAUGUGGCCGAGACGUCCCUGACCAUCCCUGGCAUCAAGUAUGUGGUGGACUGUGGGAAGGUCAAGAAGCGCUACUACGACCGCGUCACUGGCGUGUCCUCCUUCCGCGUCACCUGGGUCUCCCAGGCAUCAGCCGACCAGCGGGCGGGCCGAGCGGGCCGGACAGAGCCCGGCCACUGCUACAGGCUGUAUUCGUCCGCGGUAUUUGGUGACUUCGAGCCGUUUCCCCCUCCAGAAAUCACCCGGAGGCCCGUGGAGGACUUGAUCCUUCAGAUGAAAGCUCUCAACAUCGAGAAGGUCGUCAACUUCCCCUUCCCGACGCCGCCCUCGGUGGAAGCCCUCAUCGCCGCGGAGGAGCUGCUGAUCGCACUGGGGGCCCUGCAGGCGCCCCAGAAGGCCGAGAGGAUGAAGCAGCUGCAGAGGUCCCGGCUGAGCCGCCCCAUCACCGCCCUGGGCAAGACCAUGGCCACGUUCCCCGUGGCACCCCGCUAUGCCAAGAUGCUGGCGCUGAGCCGCCAGCACGGCUGCCUGCCCUACGCCAUCACCAUCGUGGCCGCCAUGACGGUCCGGGAGCUGUUUGAGGAGCUGGACAGGCCAGCUGCCAGCGACGAGGAGCUCGCCAGGCUGAAGGGACGGCGUGCCCGGGUGGCGCAGAUGAAGAGGACCUGGGCGGGUCAGGGGGCCUCUCAGAAGCUCGGCGACCUCAUGGUGCUGCUAGGUGCCGUGGGAGCCUGUGAGUACGCCGGCUGCUCGCCCCAGUUCUGCGAGGCCAACGGCCUGCGCUUCAAAGCCAUGAUGGAGAUCCGGCACCUGCGGGGCCAGCUGACAACCACAGUCAACGCUGUGUGCCCCGAGGCCGGGCUGUUCGUGGACCCCAAGAUGCUGCCACCCACCGAGAGUCAGGUGACCUACCUGCGGCAGAUUGUGACGGCUGGCCUGGGUGACCACCUGGCCCGCAGGGUCCAGAGCGAGGAGCUGCUGGACGAAAAGUGGAGGAAUGCCUACAAGACCCCGCUUCUCGACGACCCUGUCUUCAUCCAUCCCAGUUCCGUCCUUUUCAGAGAGCUCCCCGAGUUCGUGGUCUACCAGGAGAUUGUAGAGACCACCAAGAUGUACAUGAAAGGCGUCUCCACCGUGGAGGUCCAGUGGAUCCCGGCCCUCCUGCCCUCUUUCUGCCAGUUCGACAAACCCCUGGAGGAGCCGGCCCCGGCCUACUGCCCCAAGAAGGGCCGGGUGCUGUGUCACCGGGCCAGCGUGUUCUAUCGUGUGGGCUGGCUGCUCCCCGCCGUGCAGGUGGACUUCCCGGAGGGCGUCGACCGCUACAAACACUUUGCCCGGUUCCUGCUGGAAGGACAGGUCUUCCGUGAGCUGGCUUCAUUCCGCGGCUGUCUGCUGUCCAGCCCCAGCACCAUGCUGAAGACGUGGGCCAGGCUGCAGCCCAGGACAGAGAGCCUCCUGAGAGCCCUGGUCAUGGAGAGGGCCGACUGCCGGGACGCCAUGCUGGCUGCUUGGAAGAAAAACCCCAAGUACCUACUGGCCGAGUACUGUGAGUGGCUCCCCCAGGCCGUGCACCCUGACGUGGAGAAGGCCUGGCCUCCCACCCCCAACCGCUGACCUGCUACCCGGCUGCAGCGCCGAGGACUGGCCAGGAGACCAGGGCUGCAGCAGCCCCACCCUGUG